ACUGCGGUCGUUCUUUUUCCUACAACUAAUAAUUGUGAUAAUAUUGCAAAAAAAAACAUAACACCUAUAAACUAAGACAAGAAAAGUGAAAUUAAGCAUAUUAUGAAAUUGUAAUAUUUGAGUAUUAAUAUUAAAAACAGCAACUGUGAUAAUCAGCAAGAUGAAUAGGAAUUUAAAGACCUUUUCCAAGUUUUUGCUUAGGCAAAGAUGUGUGUUCAACUCCAUGCGAAGUAUUUCCACUUCGAUGCCUGUCCUGAUCAGCCAUAUGCAUUAUGUGGGCAAGGAUCCUCUGGUUUAUCACACCAUUGGUCAGCAGUUGGACUUGACAGCUGCUAAAUAUGGAGAUGUAGAAGCGAUUGUAUCCUGUAAGGAGGGAAAGAGGUACACCUUCAAGAGUUUACUGAAGGAGGCGGAUGCUUUGGCGGCAGGAUUCAGGAAGUUGGGUCUCCAAAAGGGCGAUGCCAUCGGUCUGUGGGCUCCCAACUACAUGCACUGGUAUCUGGGAAUGAUGGGAGCAGCUCGAGCAGGACUCACUUCUGUGGGUCUGAAUCCCGCUUUCCAAGGACCUGAGAUGGCCUAUUGCCUCAACAAGGUUGAUAUUAAAGCCAUUAUUGCACCGGAAUCCUUUAAGAGCCAGAAUUACUACGAGAUUUUAAAGAGUAUCUGCCCGGAAAUAUCGGAUGCGGAACCUGGCAAAAUCAAGAGUGAAAAGUUCCCCCAUCUGAAAUCCGUAAUAAUCGAUGGCAAUGAUAGCCUGAAAGGGGCUUUUCGUUUUGAUAACUUACUGGAUCUGGCCAACCAAUCGGAACGGGCAGAGGUGGCUCAAAUCCAGAAGAGCAUUCAGCCAGAGUCAGCGUGUAAUAUUCAAUUCACAUCGGGAACCACGGGAAAUCCCAAGGCGGCUGUGCUUUCCCAUUUCAAUUUCGUGAACAAUGGCAUCCACGUUGGAAAUCGCAAUGAAUUGGAGGGCGAAAGGAUUUGUGUUCAGGUGCCAAUGUUCCAUGCUUUCGGAGUGAUCAUCACCAUCAUGGCAGCACUGACCAAGGGAGCCACAAUGGUCCUUCCCUGUCCUGGUUUUAAUCCCAAGGAUUCGCUGGCUGCGAUUGUCAAGGAAAAGUGUACCAUGAUCCAUGGCACACCCACCAUGUAUGUGGAUUUGGUCAACACGCAAAAGAAACUGCAAGUGCCGCUGGGCAGGAUCAAGAAGGCCGUAACAGGAGGAGCCAUCGUAUCGCCGCAGCUCAUCAAGGAUGUGCGAGAUGUCCUAAGAGUGGAAUCAGUUCGCAGUGUCUAUGGUCUCACGGAAACCACAGCUGUGAUCUUUCAAUCCAGACCAGGUGAUAGCAAUGAUAUUGUCCUGAACUCAGUGGGUCAUCUGCAGGAUCACAUCGAAGCAAAGGUGGUGGAUGCGGAGGGCAACUGUGUGCCCUUUGGACAACCUGGAGAGCUCUGUGUCCGAGGAUAUACCACCAUGUUGGGUUACCAUGGUGACGAGGAAAAAACCAAGGAAACCAUUGGCAAGGAUCGCUGGUUGCGCACUGGCGAUCAGUUUAUCCUGGAGGAGAAUGGCUACGGAAGGAUCGUGGGUCGCCUGAAGGAGAUGCUCAUCCGCGGAGGCGAAAACAUUUUCCCCAAAGAGAUCGAAGACUUUUUGAACUCCCACCCCCAGGUCAUUGAAGCUCAUGUCAUUGGAGUACCUGAUGAGCGACUGGGCGAAGAGGUCUGUGCCUUUGUUCGCCUGGAAGAAGGCGUUGACCCCACUUCCUUCACAGCGGAGACCCUAAAGGCUUAUAGUAAGGGCAAACUUGCACAUUUCAAGGUUCCCAGAUAUGUGAUCAUUGUAGAUUCAUUCCCCAAAACAACCUCUGGCAAGAUUCAGAAGUUCAAGCUAGUCGAGGCUUUUAACCAGGAACAGGAAAAAUAUAUUAAGGCAGAUAGAGCUUAGUUAUACAAUAAUUGUAAUACUUUUCAUAGAAAAAUAAAAUUAGAAUUAUAUUUUAUUUGAAAAA